AUGUGGAAAUCCGGAGGAGAAGAUUUGCAAGGUUUCUUUCCAGUAAGACCAGAAUGUCAAGCAGAUGUUCCAAGGACCCGUUUUAAAUCAAGGGCUGGAAAAACUCUAAGUGCUAGGAGAUGGCACGCUGCGUUUACUGAAGAUGGUCAUUUGGAUAUGGAAAAAGUGCUUAGGCGUAUCCAGCGUGGAGGAAUUCAUCCUUCGAUCAAAGGCGCGGUUUGGGAGUUUCUGUUAGGAUGCUACGAUCCAGACAGCACUUUUGAGGAAAGGAGCAAGCUGAGGAAUCGAAGAAGGGAGCAGUACGGUGCGUGGAAAGAAGAAUGUAAGAAAAUGGUUCCUGUCAUUGGCAGCGGCAAGUUCAUCACGAUGGCUGUGGUUUCAGAAAAUGGGAAUCCAAUAGAUGAAUCUUCCGUAGAAAAUCAAGGAUGGGUUGUCAAAAACGCCAUUACUAACGAGAGAGUGCUCCAGUGGAUGCUCUCACUGCAUCAGAUCGGCCUUGACGUUGCUAGAACAGAUCGGUAUCUCUCCUUUUAUGAGAAUGAUCGAAAUCAGUCGAAACUAUGGGAUGUUCUUGCCAUAUAUACGUGGUUGAAUCUUGAUAUCGGUUAUGUUCAAGGAAUGAAUGAUAUAUGUUCCCCAAUGAUAAUCCUCUUUGACGAUGAAGCCGAUGCUUUCUGGUGCUUUGAGCGUGCCAUGCGAAGACUGAGAGAAAAUUUCAGGGCAACAGCAACGUCAAUGGGUGUCCAGACUCAGCUAGGUGUGCUCUCACAGGUCAUUAAAACAGUUGAUCCUCGGCUCCACCAACAUCUAGAGGAUCUCGAUGGUGGGGAGUAUCUGUUUGCUAUUCGGAUGUUGAUGGUUCUUUUCAGGAGAGAAUUCUCCUUCCUCGACGCUUUGUACCUUUGGGAGAUGAUGUGGGCUAUGGAGUACAAUCCAACCAUGUUUGCAACAUACGAGGAACUAGAAGACCGGAACAACGCAGCAGACGAUCCCAAGUUACGCAAACGGUAUGGCAAGUUUGAGAGGAAGUACCUCCACAACGGACAGAAUGAGCAACAUGGCAAUACGCUUGCUGUUUUCGUGGUCGCAAGCGUUCUCCAGACAAAGAACAAACGUCUCCUGAAGGAAGCUAAAGGCCUAGACGACGUUGUUCAGAUAUUAGGAGACAUUGCAGGUAAUCUUGAUGCGAAAAAAGCCUGUAAAGAAGCGUUGAAGAUCCAUGAAAAAUUCCUUAAAAAGGCUAAUAGGCAAUAA